AUGUCAACAUCUCAACCAACCUCCGAAUUAGUUGAAGAACAAAAAACUUGUGGUCAUAUGCCUCAGUUGGAUAUCAAAUUAAAUUUACAAUUAUUAAGAGAGCAAGAAAAGAUGGCUCUACAAUCUAUUAAGAACUUAACUGAAGAAGAAAUGAUUCAUAUUGAUCAAUGGUUAUCUGUAUUACAUAAAACAUACGAAGAUUGGGAAUAUCCAUCAUCGCAUCGUGUAUUUCAAGCAGUUACAUAUUUUAAUGAUGAACAAAAAUUAUGGUAUGAACAGAUAAAAUCUGAAAUUAAUAAUGAUUGGUCAUGCUUUUGCGAUCGUUUAAAACAACAUAUUCAAGAUCGUCAGAAGGUUCAAAUUCAUUCUUCACCAAUGAAUUAUCCAUUAUCUGAUACUAAUGAAAUAACAUCGAUGGAAAAUCUUAUUGACACAAAAUUUAUUAAAUAUUCUGGUAUAGGUGAUGCCAAGGUUUGGCUAUUACAAACAAUGAAUCAAUUUAAACAAUAUGGAUUACGUCGUCUUGAACAAUUUCAAUCUAUACCAUUUUUAUUAAUUGAUGAAGCGUAUUUGUGGUACGUAGAACAUAUUGAUUUAAUCACCAAUUUUGAAUCGUUUAGUAAAUUAUUUCUUCAACAAUAUUCAUUUACAUUACCACCAGCACCAAAUAAUAUUCUUACUGAUGUGGAUAUACCGUCAAAUUUAAUUUCUAGCUCUUCAUCUACAUCACAUUUACAACGAACAAUUGCCGAUGAAAUUAUUAAAAAACCAACAUAUUUUCGUGGUUCAAAAGAUGACGUUCAUGACUGGUUAGAAAAAUUAGAACAACGUUUUCAAAUGGCAAAAUGGAAUAAUGAACAAAAAUUACAAUAUAUUUCAAUCCAUUUACAAGAUGAUGCAUAUCGAUGGUGGACACAAACAUCUACGACGAUUAAAUCAUGGUCAUUAUUUACUGAAGCUGUUACAAAGGCUUUUGGAUCAACAAAGGUACAAGAAUUAGCUUUUGAACAACUAAAAUGGUACAAACAAACGGUUAAUCAAUCUAUUACACAAUAUUAUGAUAAAAUCAUUGAAUUAUGUAAGAAAGUUGAUCUUGUUAUGCCUGAUUCAUUAAAAUUAAAAUAUUUGAUGGCUGGUAUAAAAGAAUCAUUAAAAAUACAUGUUGCAUUACAGGAUCCAAAAACACCAGAUGCAUUUUUAUCGAUUGCUAGAAAAGUUGAAGAUACAUUAACAUUAACAAGUACAAACAAUGAAGUGCAACAAAAUAACAUUAAUAUCAAUGCUGCUACAUUUCAAAAACCAUCAACACGACCAAAUAUUUCACAGAAAUCUAUUAAUAAAACUCGCCAUAAUACUUCUCAACAUUUACAAUCACAAUCAUAUCGGAAACAUCAUCAACAUUAUGCACAAAAUUCGAACCAACAGAUUCGGAAUUAUGAUCCUGCCAGAUAUCCACAAUAUGCAUCGCAAUCAAAUAAUUGUUAUAAAUGUGGUACUCCUGGACACUAUGCUCGGGAUUGUACCCGUACCCAUUUCGGGUAA